AAUGGAUACAUAGUAAAAAGGUAAACAUUAGUUUGAAAUCGAAUGCGACUCCGAGCACUUACCCUUUUCCGCUAUCAGAAAUGUCUACAUUAAGGGGUUGGCGAUAUGGGUUGUUCCUUGGAGGACUUGUUGGAUUCAUCAGUGCAGCACUUUACCCUAUCAUCAUAUACCCAAUGAUGCAUGUGGAUGACUACAAAAAGAUCCAGGCAGAAAAUCGCAAAGGUGUUAAUCAGGAGGAAAUUCAACCAGGGAAUAUGAAGGUCUGGUCAGAUCCAUUUGACAGAAAGAAAUGAUGCUAGUACAAGUAACAUGUAGUCAUAGGAAUGAAAAUAUAAUUCAUUAAUUGUAAAUUCUUACUAUAUAAAUAAAUGUUUUCUUA